AUGGCUGAAAAUCCGUUUAUUUCUUUGACUCCUGCUCUCCGCCUCCGUCCUUCGUCUGGUUUAAGAACACCUUCCCGAUCUCCACCUCGGUAUCCAUCCCGUUCCCGUUCCAGCUCUUCAGACCGAAACCUGUCAUCUUUUAUCGGUGUUUCGGACCCAUUGCUUGCCAAUCUUUCACCGGAAUCCACUCUAACUGCAUUAUCAGCAACGGAUGCCGUGCGGACAACAGGAAAGACCGCUCAGGGGAUUCUUUCCAAAGCCAUUGCCGAUGCUUCGACCGCUGAGCGUUCUUUAGCAGUUCGAGCUGCUGUGGCCGGACAGAAUUUGAAACAAUGGUAUACAGAGGUACUGUCUUGGGAGUGGCCUCAGAAACGUGAUGCGUCCCUGGGAAAAGGGUUUGUCUCCUCAAAGAGUGAGGAUGCUGGUACUGAUGAUCAAUGGGACACAUCCUUGGGAUGCCUUCCAGUAGCUGUUGUAGAACAGCACGAGUACAGGAUUGAUGAGAUAAAGGCAGAUAUGGAAAUGUUAGAUGUCGAGGAACUGAAAGAACACAUCCUGAAUGCCCACAUCCCCUCUCGCUCCAGACCAUCCUCUUCGAAUAGCACGUUGUCCACAAACAUGCACACUCUCAGCUAUGUGCAACUCAGCGAUUUCACUGCAGUAAUAACGGCUACCAUCCUUCAGGCACUCCCUUAUCUUUCAAAGUUGAAUGCCCUCCUCAAUAUAUGGGAGAUUCGCCUCGCCGUGCUACAUCAAAUCCCCGAGCUACUGGCUGGUCUUGGGAGUACAAAGAGGGCCAUUGAUGGCGCACUGGACCGAUUGGGAACAGGUCUGCUACCCGAAAUAGACGACCCCUUUUUUUCCAAGACAUUUUUCGACUCCGCUCGCCACAAGUUGGAAAACAUGGUAUUAAUUGUGGGCAGUAAAAUGGAUCGCAUCCUAGAUUCUCUAGAAGGCCAGGACGAUGCUCUCCCCGAUGCCUGGAUCGACGAAAUGGAAGCCAUCGAAGCUGGUUUUGCGACUUGGGCAUUUGAAGCAGAGAAGAUGGCAGUCGAAAAUGACUUCGGGCGGUCAAGCACCCCUCUGCCAGAAUUUUCCAUGCAGUCAAGUGAGAUCAAAAAACCGGACGAAGCAGGCUGUGGACCUUCUACCCAAAACACAGCGUCUCUUCAGUUUCAGAAAUGUCGAGAAAAUAUGGAGGAUAGCUCACGGAUAGUGAGCGACCUUACCGGAACCAAUGUCAAACCCGAGCCUCCCAAAACACCCUGUCGGAGCGAUCUAGAUUUGAACGACGAGGUCUCUCCGGCAUCAAUAAAUAUUUCGCUGUCACAGCCUCCACCAAUACCUCGCAUUAAGGAACAAGAUGAAGAUGAACCCCAAAUCAGUGUUCAGGAGUCACCCAAGGAAGCUAAAACCGAGGGGGAGCCGAAUUCCCUGCCUAGUAACUCCGACACUUCAACUCUACCUUCUUCCCCUCUUUCUUGUACCCCUGCGACCUCUUCUAUUCAUGAAGAUAUCACUUCUCCACCAUCUUCUACUGGCCCUGAUCCCUUAACGAGUCGACAGACUCCUUCUAUCGAUGACCCCCAAGAUCCAUCUGGCCAAUCACAUGGAAGGCAGGCAACUAACGCACUUCCCGGGGCCAGUGCUUCAAUUACGUCUGAAAAACCUAGUUCGAACCCUGAGGAGUCCCCUGUGCCCCAAGAAAAUAGCAACACAAACCCACCGGGAAAUAACUCACCUGGGAAAACAAUUAAUGACGGUAUCUCCUUGCCUGGUUCUUCUCCACCGGCUGUGCCCAGUCGCCCUGCCUCUCCGCAAUCACCGUUCCGCAAUACUACUUUUCCUCUCCGGGCCAUCCAUUGCAGUGCAAUUAAUCGAUCCACCCCGUCUUCGCCCACGACAGCUGAUAUUAGUCCUCACGGAUUCAUCCAAAGCAUACAGGACGCCCUAAAACUGGACACCGGAUCUCACCGUCGCGAUUCCAUUAUCUCUAUUGCCUCAACUGCUGGGUCAGGUUUCUCUUAUGGCUCUAAUCCUGAGAUUCGGGAUGCUCAAGUAGCCACGUCCCAUGGUAGCCCUAUCGUGGUUGAAUCUCCUGGCAGCUUUCUCACUAAUGGAUCUAAGUCUUCCGGAGCCCAUGGCCACAAUGGAAAUAUCGUUGAGUGCGUGAAAAAACCCAAGUCAAGUGACCACUUGGCUUCUGCUUCCCGUUCUACUCUGUACCGGACUAUGAGUUUACCUCUGGAGCGGUUCAUGGAUGGAGAUUCCCAAGUCACUCAUGGCACGGAUGAUCUCAAAGAACAGCCGCAUUCGUCAGAACUCCGGCAGGCGUCUUCUGCUGCAAUUGAAGUUUUACCAAAAGCCGAACUCCGGAGUAUCGUGGUCUCGAAUAGGCUUAGUAUUGGGCCUGCCAAUGUGCGGAAAUCGAUGCCAAAUCUCCGCCGUACAGUAUCUAGUCUGGGUCUCUCGUCUUUACACCGACUCAGCACUAGAUCUCUACGCCUUAGCCCAAAUAAUCCCUGGGGUCCACGUGUAUCUACCUCCUCAGAAUCCCUUCCAUCUACUGCUGAGGAACCUUCUCCAUCGAUGGGUGUUUCGGUCUGCAAAGUUAAUUCUAUCAAUUAUCCAACCACCCCCACUCCGCCACCGAGUCUCCCACGUAGAUCCAGCAAGCGACUUUCUAAGCUUCUUAGUCCAGUCGCUUCCCUUUCUUCACAAAAGCAGAAGAAGAUCAUAACCCCUCUUCACAGUGCUCCUCUUUCAAAAUCCAUUUCUGUCAAUUCAUCAACUGCACCUUCUAUUACCACCCUAAGAUCACCGGAAGAUCACCUAGAGGAAAAGAUCAGUUCCAUCCUUACAACAAUUCCCGCCCGAAUCCAUUUAGCAUCAACGCCAGAGAGUACCAAAUGCAACCAAAGCACCCCUCGUGCGUCUGACUGUUCGUACUCGAAUUCUCCAAAACGGGAUUUUUUGCAGUCACAAUCCCCCGCAUUUAGUCGUAGCAACACCCCUACCCCUUCCCUCACCCUCACACCAGCAUUUGGCCGCUCGAGACGACCCCACACACAUAAUGACGAUGACUCUGCUGUCAGACUCUACCAUCUCCACCGCGGAGGGAAGACAGCACCUGUCAAACUCUUUGUGCGUUCAGUCGGUGAAGACGGAGAACGAGUCAUGGUACGAGUUGGCGGUGGAUGGGCCGAUCUCGGAGAAUACCUUCGAGAGUACGUGCUCCAUCACGGCCGGCGAGAUGUUUCAGACGGAAAAUUCGAGGUCCGCGGCAUCCCCACUCCUAACAUAUCACCCAACCACUCAUCACACGGCAAACAUGCUGCUCCAACCUCGAACACCAGCCCGUCAACCCCCAUAUCCCGUCCCGGUUCUGCAUUCGACAUCCGCCCCCCCUCCUCACUGAAUGUCCGUAAAUCCCGUCGAUCCAUGGCAACCCCGUCAGGACUCCCAACCUUAACAACAGCCAACAUCGAAAAAGCCUCCCAAGGAUCCAACAGUGGCAGCGGCGGCGGUCCCUCUUCCUUCCUAUCAUCUACUCGCCGCAGACUCUCCACCUCCUCCAACGCAUCCAUGAGCAUUGCUUCAGGUUAUGGCGGCGACGGGUCCCACGUCUCUACCCCAUUAGGACUCGCAGGCCCAAAGCCAAAGUCCAGACAAGUAUCAAUUAGCCCCGAGAACGAGGCGUGGGUCGAAGACGUCAUUGGACGCGCUCGACGAACCUCAGUGACACUGAGGCCCGAGCGCUCUUAUGGGAAUCUCAGACGCUUCCGACCUGUUGUUUCGCAGGUGGAUGCUGCGGGCGAUCUGGUUGAAGGGGGCCAUAGGAGUGUUAGUAAUACCGGGGUGGAUGGCGGUGGGAAUAAACGGGUGUAUCUUCGCGUGGUUAGGUAA